AAUUAUAUUUUACCUGUGGUGGUGUUGGCCAAGCGAAGCGAUCGGAGGAGAUGCACGGGAUUUGUACUCUGUUGAAAUAAUACGUCAUCUUAUAUUCUUUAGUGAUUUCAAUUAAUUGUUAAUAAUUUGUAUUACUAUACCGUUACAUAAUUAAACAAUAAAAUGCCGGCGGCGCGAGGCGUAAAACGUUCAGCGUCAAAAUCUUCUGCGACUACGGCAUCGACGGGGCCUAAAAAUAAGAAAAAGCGUGGAGCAAUCCAGUUGGAGAUACCAUCUGCACCCAAAAAGAGAGGUUAUGUGUUAACUUGUGGUCAAGGAGAUGUCGGACAGCUAGGAUUGGGUGAAGAUGUCAUGGAGACGACUAAAUUUAAACAAGUGGUGUCCCUGGGCAAUAAGAUUGUAGAUGUCCAUGCAGGAGGCAUGCACUCAGUAGCAUUGGAUAGUGAUGGAAAGGUUUGGACAUUCGGCUGCAAUGAUGAAGGUGCAUUAGGCAGGCCGACUUCAAAUGAAAAAGACGAGGGUACUCCGAAAGCAGUAGACUUACCGUUCCCAGCGGUGGCCAUCAGUGCGGGAGACUCCCAUUCGGCAGCACUACUGAAUAAUGGGGAUGUGUACGCUUGGGGGGCUUUUAGAGAUUCCCAUGGUAGUAUGGGUUUGGUGGUGCGUGGCAGGGAGGGUAAAGCUUGCAAAGAGCCGGUAAAAGUUGAUAUCGGAGAACAAGCCGUUGCUGUCGCUUCUGGUGGAGAUCAUCUUGUUAUUUUGUCUACAUCAGGCUCAGUGUAUACAAUGGGUUGUGGCGAGCAAGGUCAACUCGGCAGACUGUCACAGAGAUCAGCCAGUAGAGAUGCUCGACAAGGAUUCAGUGCCCUGCUCACCCCAGCUCGUGUGACCCUCCGAGGGGGGGCGGCCGCCGUAUGGGCCGGCCAUCACGCCAGCUUUGCCCUGCAACCUGCUGGCCGUCUACUGGCCUGGGGGCUUAAUAAUUAUGGACAGCUCGGCAUAACGGGCGAGAAACGCAAGACAGCGCUGUUUUCGCCCGCGGAGUGCGAUGCUUUUGGAGACAAGACGUGGAGUUGUGUGGCGGUGGGGCAGCACCACUCGCUGGCGCUGGACGACUGCGGCGUGCCGCACGCCGUCGGCCGCUGCGACUACGGCCGACUCGGACUGGGCGAUCGUCCCGGGGAUGCUGAGACACUGGAGCCUAUCCCAAAGCUACAAAACAAGAAGUGCGUCAGUAUUGCAGCCGGAACUUGUAGUUCAUUUGCGGUCACUGAUGAUGGUGAAGUGUACGCUUGGGGUAUGGGAAGUGAAGGUCAGCUGGGUACCGGAGCGAGGAAUGACUGCGGGGAGCCAUCGCUGGCAAUCUUACCGAUCCCAGCUGGAGUCACCACUGCCCGACCAGCUCUCCAGGUUGCAGCCGGGGGCCAGCAUGCUGUUCUACUCGUGGAGGACCCAACAUCACAAAAAGAGGCGUCUCCAGUCCCAGAGAAUGAAAAAGAAGAAGAGAAAGCCGAGCCUAUAGAAGAGAAGAGACCGAACAAAAGGCAGAAGAAACAAGAACAAGACGAGGAGAUAUCUUCUACGUCGACACAGGUCGCCGAGCGGGAUGACAAGCCAGAGAAGGUGAAUGGCAAUGAAAAGAAAGAAAAUGACCCUGAAACUGAAACAGAGACGCCCAUGGAAGUUGAUGACACCGACAAAGCACAAGUGGACAAAGAUACAGAAAAAGAAGAAAAACAAACGGAUGAACAGAAAGAAACCGAUCAAACUGAAUCGGAAAAGGACUCCAAAGACGCCAUGGACACGAGUAGCCAGGACACCGAGAGUGACAAGGAGCCCCAGGCCUCCGAGGCCCCCGAAGCCCCCGAGGUCCCCAGCGGAGCGCCCGAGGCCCCCAGUGGAGCUCUAAACGGCGCCCAAGCGUGA